AUGGGCGAACUAAUGACAAAAAUACUAGGCUUGCAUUGGAAAUCAGAUGAUGUUAUGUUAUUUUACACGGUACAGCAGGUGGAGGUCAAUGCCCCGAUAACUAAACGGAAAAUAUUAUCCGAAAUCGCAACGAUAUUUGAUCCGUUAGGGUUACUCGGACCUGUUAUUAUAAUCGCCAAAAUAAUUAUGCAAAGUUUAUGGCAAUUAAAGAUUAAUUGGGAUGACGUAUUACCCGAUAAUAUUUGUGCAGAAUGGCAAGGAUACCGAGGCGGAUUACCAUCGUUAAAUCAUUUAAGAAUACCACGAAAAAUAAUUUCAACCGAAAUAGUAGUUAGUGCGGAAAUACACGGUUUCGCGGAUGCGUCCGAGAAGGCUUAUGGCGCGUGUUUAUACUUAAGAACCACGGGUAGACACGGAGAAACGGACGUAAACUUAAUAUGCGCCAAGUCGAAGGUUGCUCCGCUAAAAAUAGUGUCUUUGCCGCGGUUAGAACUGUGCGCCGCCUUACUGUUAGCCCGAUUGAGUAAUAAACUAAUACCAAAAUUAAAUUUAAAAAUUGAUCGACGUCGAUUUUGGACCUAUUCUAAAGUGGUCUUGGCUUGGAUAACGUCACCAUCAGGUCGAUGGAAGACAUUUGUCGCACACCGCGUUGGCGAAAUACAAGAGUUAACCGCGUGCAACGAAUUGUCACACGUCCCCACUCACGACAACCCGGCGGACGUAAUUUCGCGCGGGUGCAAUGCCGAGGACAUCGAAAAAAAAUCAAUUUGGUGGUGCGGCCCGGAAUGGUUAAUUAAAGACGCCAGUAUGUGGCCGAAACCGACAAAUGUUGAUAAAUCCGAAGUAGAAAAAAUGCCCGAAGAAAGGAGUCACACAAUGUCAAAUACGCAUAAUCUCAUAUGUACGUUAUCAUUGGAUUUUCCACUGUUGACUACUCGUUCGUCAUUAAAACAGAUUAUCCGAAUAACGGCGUAUUGUUUACGUUGGCGAAAUAACGGACUAAAGAGUCGCACAAAACGUGUCAUCGGGCCGUUAGACGUAAAUGAAUUAGAAUACGCAAAUUUGGCGUUAAUUAAAAUGAUACAAAAAAAACAUUUCCAAAAAGAAAUAAAUGAACUUAAAUCACAGAAGGCGCAAGUAGCUGGCAAUAGUGUGCUGAUACGAUUACGACCCUUUUGUGACGAGAAAGGUCUAUUACGCGUAGGAGGACGUUUGGCAAAUGCAAUUGAGUUAAGUGAAUUUCAGCGACACCCAAUUGUGCUUCCUCGUGACAGUACAUAUACGCGAUUAUUAUUUCAAAGUGAGCACGUAAAUUUAUUGCAUAGUGGUCCACAGGCCCUCGUGGCAGCCAUUCGGCAACGAUAUUGGCCCUUAGGAGCACGCAGUAUAGCACGGAAGAUUGUGCAUAGUUGCAUUACGUGUUUUAAACAAAAACCUAUAAUAGUACAGCCAAUAAUGGGUAACUUACCACGCGAUCGAAUUACGUGCAGCCGGCCAUUCUCGCGAUGUGGAGUCGAUUUUGCCGGUCCCAUACUGAUAAAGUCAAGUUUACGGCGAAACGCGCCGUGCGAUAAAGGCUAUAUAUCUAUAUUUGUGUGUUUUGCUACUAAAGCGAUACACAUAGAAUUAGUCAGUGAUCUAACGACAAAGACGUUUUUGCAAACGUUAAACCGGUUUUUCGACCGUCGCGGAAGGUGCGCGGUCAUAUACUCGGACAACGCGACAAACUUCGUGGGCGCUCGCAGACAGCUUCGAGAUGUAUAUAAUUUAUUUCAAUCCGAUCAACAUCAAAACACAGUUUGUGCAACAUUCGCGGAGAAAGGGGUGGAGUGGAAGUUAAUACCACCACGAUCUCCACAUUUCGGUGGCCUGUGGGAGGCGGCGGUUAAGUCGAUGAAGAAUUUGUUAUCUAAGGUGUUAGGUGAAUCUCGCUUAACUUACGAAGAUAUGAGUACUGUACUGACUCGGUUAGAAGCAUGCUUAAAUUCUCGUCCCAUUACCUCCCUGUCUUCCGACCCAUCCGAUCUUUCCUAUUUAACGCCUGGUCAUUUUUUAAUCGGUGAUGCUAUUACCGCCGUACCCGAAAGGGAUGAAACGGCUACUUCCGUGACGCCGUUGGAGCGUUGGAGAAAGGUUACCCAAUAUUCACAACUACUUUGGAAGCGCUGGAGUACAGAGUAUCUGGGUCAACUACAGGAGCGUGUAAAAUGGACUCAAUCAAAGGGGCCAAAUUUAAAGAUAGGAUCUGUGGUGUUAAUACGAGACACAAAUUUGCCCCCUUUGCAGUGGCGUCUCGGUCGGGUCCUCCAAAUCCAUGCAGGAAGGGACGGAAUAAGUCGGUCGGCGUCCGUAAAGACGAAAUUUGGGGAAAUUACAAGGGCAGCUCGUCUACUUUGUCCGCUACCAAUCGACAACAAUCAAUAUUAA